GUAAUGAGUUCCACGUUGGUCGUCACUUGCGCGAGUCUUGCCGCAGCCGCACAAGCCAUCCGAUAAGUGUUCCGAUCAGACGCCGCGGACCGGUCCUGCAGUACACGGUCGGUAAAUGAAACAUGGUCGCCCACGUCGAGACGACGGGUUACUGCGGUCGCGGUUCACGGUCGUGCGGUCGCUGGCCAGCCGCAGCGGUGCUGGUCGCGUUGAGCCUGCACUUAAUGUUACUAUUACUGCUGCCGCCAGGACAUUUGGCUGUUAAGCGCAAGCACCACUGGAAGACGGACGUGAUCAAGAACCAUUUGAAAAAUCACAAGAGUCUCGAGGGCAUGGUGCGUCUAGUCGACGGCGAAUCCGAGCAUGAAGGCAAUGUAGAAAUCUUGCACUUGGGAAAAUGGGGAGCCAUAUGUGAUGACGAAUGGGAUGUACGUGACGGCCAGGUGAUAUGCAGACAACUCGGCUUCGAUGGCACGUCCAGUGUCACGCACAAUUCGCAUUUCGGACAAGCGGCUCGAAAAUAUUGGAUGGACAAUAUACGGUGCGGCGGUCAUGAGCUGGAGAUUUCAGAGUGCCGGUUCGACAGCUGGGGCGAAAAUGAUUGCGAUCCGUCCGAGGCUGCUGGUGUGAUUUGUAGUUCACCGGAAGUCAAGAAACCUAAGAACACGUUCGCCAUCAAUCAAUCAGACGUGGCAGUGGCCAAGAAAACUAAAAAACACAAGAUCAAAGACACGUCGGGACCAAAUAUCGAGUUGCGAUUAGCCGGAGGCAGGACACCGGAAGAAGGCCGUGUAGAAGUCAAGACUAACGAUGGCUGGGGAGUGAUUUGCGGUGACGGGUUCGGUAUAUUGGAAGCGAUGGUCGUGUGCCGUUCCGUGGGAAUGGGACAUGCUGCUGCGGCCUUUCAGACGGACCGGUUCGGAGGGCUGGACAUGCCGGUCGUAUUAUCGGCCAUUGAGUGCAAGUACGGCAACGAAACUUCUCUGGCCAAUUGUUUCCACCAACACAAGGUCGUGUGCUCGUCCAGGAAGGAGACUGUGGCCGCAGUGGUGUGCGUCCGGGACAUGGCCGAUCUAGCAGUGAACGCGGACGAGCUGGUCAGGUCGGCGUAUCUCGAGGAUCGGCAGAUGUACUUCUUGCAGUGCGCCAUGGAGGAGAACUGCUUGGCAUCGUCCGCAUACCAGUUGCGGCAGUCCGAGACCGACUGGCACCUGCUCACCCGGAGGCUGCUGCGGUUCACCGCGAAAAUCACCAACGUGGGCACAGCCCCGUUCCGGCCGGCCAUACCCAAACAUUUGUGGCAGUUCCAUCAGUGUCACAUGCAUUACCACAGCAUGGAAGUGUUCGCCACGUUCGACGUGCUGGACGGCGGUGGCAUGAAAGUUGCCGAGGGCCAUAAGGCUUCGUUUUGCCUGGAAGACAAUCAGUGCACGGGCGGUGCGGUGCCGGGUUUCGCGUGCGCCAACUACGGCGACCAGGGCAUAACGGUCAACUGCUCGGACAUUUACCGGCACAACAUUGACUGCCAGUGGGUGGACAUCACCGACUUGAAUCCAGGCCUGUACACGUUCAAGGUGUCUGUCAAUCCCGAGUUCAAAAUUCCAGAAAUCACAUACAACAACAACGCGGCAGUGUGCUCCAUGUUCUACUCGGAAACGUUCGUGAAAAUUCAUGACUGCGUCGUUCAAAAUCCGUGACGGCUCUUCUUGUUAUCAUUACAAAUAUAACAUUAUAAUUAUUAUAACUAUUAAAAUUAUCAUAACUGUCAUCACUAUCAUCAUGAUGACAACUUACACGGUAAAA